AUCAAUAGUGACAUUACACCUGAAAGAUAUGGUGUGUGAGUUUGCUCACCUGCUUAUCGUCGACACAAUUCUUCUGCGGUUUGACUAAUGCAGUAAGCGGCAAUCCUCCGGUAUAUUAACACCAUAGGAACAGAUAAAUAUUCAGACACGGACCAAUAAUAACGGACAGAAUGCUGCAAGCUUUGCUGAUCAUACUAAUUGCGAGCCAAAUAUCCUGUCAUCCACUCAAUACAAGAUUUGUGCUUGGCGCCACUAAUGCAACCAUCGAGCACAUAGCGCGUUGUGCUCUACGCAAGAACUCUACAAACAUACAUCUGGAUCGAGCAAGAUGUGUACUGGAAUCAUAUCCUCUCAUUGACGGUCAUAAUGACCUGGCUGCACUGUAUGGCAUUUUCGCCAAUGACUCCGUGUACAGCGUAGAUCUCAACUCUGACAUGUCGUUCGUCUGGAACCAUAGUUACUCGCGGGUGGACAUCCCUAAGCUUCGUAUGGGACUCCUGGGUGGUCAGUUUUGGUCGUGCUGGGUUCCAUGUGACGCACAAUAUCGUGACGCUGUUCGCAUGACGUUGGAGCAACUUGACGUCAUCAAACGAUUUAUCAACUACUACCCUGGAACGUUUCAAUUUGUCGACACAUCUGAUGAUGUAUUGAAGUCCUUCCAUGCGGGGAAGAUAGCGAGUAUGAUAGGCCUUGAAGGCGGUCACUCCAUCGACAGCAGUUUGGGAGCACUGCGCAUGUACUAUGAGUUGGGUGUGCGCUACAUGACCGUAACCCACAGCUGUAACACUCCAUGGGCUGAUAACUGGAUGGUUGAUGAGCCCACUUACAACGGGACGGUCUUGAACGGUUUAACACCUUUCGGAAAGACAGUGAUCCUGGAGAUGAACCGCCUGGGAAUGAUUGUAGAUCUCGCGCACGUGGCCAAGAAGACCAUGUUGGACGUACUCAAUGUGACACGUGCUCCGGUUCUGUUCACGCACUCCUCCGUGUUCAGCCUGUGUAACCACCACAGAAACGUGCAGGAUGACGUACUGCUCAAGACGAAAGCAAACGGUGGAGUUGUUAUGGUCAAUUUCUACACGUUCUUUGUUACGUGCUCACCAAAUUACAAAACCGAAGCUACACUUUCUGACGUCGCAGAUCAUAUAGAAUACAUCAAAGACCUGAUUGGUGUCGACCACGUGGGUAUAGGGUCGGACUAUGAUGGCGCAGACAUGUUCCCUGUAGGCUUGGAGAAUGUCUCUUUCUAUCCUGAGCUCUUUGCCGAGCUGGUGGAACGAGGCUGGAGUGACAUUGACCUGCAAAAGUUGGCGGGAAGAAAUGUCAUUCGCGUGUUCCAUGAAGUGGAGAAGGUUCGAGACAGCAUGAAGUCAAUUGAUCCAAUUGAAGACCAUCUUGACCCGUCAGAGCAGGUCGACCGGAAAUGCCGAACUACGUGGUACUAAGGAACAAUCUCAUAGAUUUUGCGAUACAUAUCUUCAGAAAUACCAAAUAUAAUAAAUUCUUGUCAAAUGUG